CGUGAGGUUAUCGCCGCCCCACGUGUGCAUGACGUCAGAGCAAGUCUCGAUCAACAACCAUGGGAUCAAUCUGAACCGGACCUCACAUCUGAUCUGAACCGGCAUGCACUGAGCUCUGACCGCAGGCCUGGCUCAUGUCGACCCGAGCCUAAAGGAAAGAUGCAUGGAUAGUGGACACAUCAGGAUCCUGCAAAAAAAAACAAAAAAAUCCCCCAAACACUAAAGAAAGAGGACCAGGAAUACUACUUCUCCUUCUUCUCUUUCUUCCUCCUCUUCUUCCUCCUCUUCGAGCUCAGCGUGUAGCCGGUGUGUGCUUUGAGUUUCUCGGAGGCCAGCUGGUGAGAUCAUCGCGUUGCUGUCAAAUACAAGGGAGCAAAGACAGAGAGUUAAUCUCCAAGAAUUCACAGUUUGUCUGUUCCUGUGAGGAGUUUGAGAGUCUGAACGCAUGAAUAGAUGCAGAGCAUGGUCCAUUGUCAUCCCGCAGAGGAGUGACAGUGUCCCUGCCAGGCCCACUGGGAGAGGACCAUGGCCCUGAGCGAUGCAAGCGGCGACCCUCUGGCCCUCAGCAAUGGAGGGCACCAUCCUCUCAGUGCCAGUGGGAACGCCCCUUCAAACACCAGUACACCGGUCAGCAACGGCCAGGACCCUCUCACAGCUGCCUCCAGUGGUGACAGCCUCCAAGCGGACAGAGAUGAAGAGGUCAUAGUCAAGGAUGUGCCGUCUAAAGCGCAACAGAGAUCACAUGUUGUCCAGAGAGCAAACAAACCGAGCCAAAACGGCGGAGUGCUCAAACAGAACGGCUCCCUGAGGACCCUUCCCCCGUCCUCUGCCUCUGUCGCCUCCCCUUCCUCCCCCGCCGUCACAGACUCCCAAAGGCUGGCCAAACGCCACCUUCCCUCCACCCUUACCACGUCCCCAUCUUCCUCUCCUCUCCAGCCCAUGCCCCUCUGCUGCCAAAACUGUCACUUCCACUCCACCCUGUGCUGCCCCUGUGGACAGCCGGAGUGCCCACUCUUUCGUAAUCCAGGCACAGGGCCCGGGCCCGGUUCCGUAGCCCACCCUGGGACCCCUCCAUCCUGCCCUUGCUGCCUCUCUGCCUGCACAUACUCUAACCCAUACCCCCAUGCUCCUCACCCUUCCUCCCCUCUCUGUCUUCAUCAUCAUCACCACCAACGCUGGCAGGAGCACCUCCAGAGUCAAACACAUGCACCUGGCAUCAGCCCUGCACGGCCCUUUCGAUUCCCUAAAAGUUAUGCCGAGCUGAUUGCUGAUUGGCCAGUGGUGGUGCUUGGCGUGUGCACAGUGCUCAUCGUGGUGUGUGCAUUGGUGGGGAUCCUUGUGCCUGACCUGCCCGAUUUCUCUGAUCCUCUGUUGGGUUUCGAGCCUCGGGGAACAGCCAUUGGCCAACGGCUGGUCACAUGGAACAACAUGGUGAAGAACACAGGCUACAAAGCCACACUGGCCAACUACCCCUUCAAAUAUGCUGACGAGCAGGCCAAAAAUCACCAAGAGACCAGGUGGCCUGAGGACCACUAUGACAGAGAUAAACGGCAAGCAGAGUGGGACUUCAGUAAAGAGUUCUUCUGUGAUGUGCCAGGUGACAGUUAUUCUAGACUGGUGUUCACAUCAGCUGAGGGGAAGAACUUGUGGAAUAUUCAGGCCAUCAAAUCGAUGUGCAAUCUGGACAACACGAGGGUGCGUUCCCAUCGUGACUACUGGAGCCUUUGCCAGCGCACCAACGACGCCUCCUGUUGCCCCAGCUGGACACUCGGUAACUACAUAGCCGUCCUCACCAACAGGUCAUCCUGCCAGAAGAUCACCGAGCGCGAUGUAUCGCACACGCUCAAGAUCCUACGCUCGUGUGCCAAGUACUACCACAAUGGCACGCUGGCAUCCGACUGCUGGGAUAUGGCCUUGAAACGGAAAGACCAGAUGAAAUGUGCCAGUGUGCCCCGGAAGUGCACCAAGUACAACGCUGUGUACCAGAUCCUUCACUUCUUGGUUGACAAGGACUUCCUCAGUCCCAAGAGCCUAGACUUGCCUCCACCUGUGCUCAAGUACAGUAUGCUCUUCUCCCCGACAGAGAAAGGAGAGUCUAUGAUGAACAUUUACUUAGACAAUUUUGAGAACUGGAACUCCUCAGACGGCAUCACUACAGUCACAGGGAUCGAAUUUGGCAUUAAACACGACCUCUUUCAGGACUACCUCCUCACGGACACAGUGUACCCCGCCAUAGCCAUAGUGAUUGUCCUGCUGGUCAUGUGUGUGUACACACGAUCAGUUUUUAUCACUCUAAUGACAAUAAUAGCCAUCAUCAGCUCGCUCAUUGUGUCGUAUUUUCUGUACCGUAUGGUCUUCAACUUUGAGUUUUUCCCCUUCAUGAACCUCACAGCCCUCAUCAUCCUGGUAGGCAUCGGUGCAGACGACGCCUUUGUACUUUGCGAUGUAUGGAACUACACCAAGUUUGAUAAACCCCAUGCUGAGCUGGCAGAGACAGUAGGUGUGACCUUGCAGCAUGCCGCCUUGUCUAUGUUCGUCACCAGCUUCACUACGGCUGCAGCUUUUUACGCCAACUAUGUAAGCAACAUCACUGCUAUACGGUGCUUUGGCAUCUAUGCAGGUACUGCCAUUUUGGUCAACUAUAUUCUCAUGGUGACAUGGCUCCCAGCUGUGGUGGUGCUACACGAACGCUACCUGCCAAACAUGUUCCCCUGUUCCAAGCCGCCACAACCGCAAAGGGGAAUCUGCACCCGGACGUUCUGGGCAGGCCUGUGCCAGAAGGCCAACAAAUGCCUGUUUACUGUCUCUGAGGCAUCGAGAAUCUUCUUCGAGAAGGUUCUACCCUGCAUUGUCAUCAAGCUACGCUACCUCUGGCUAUUCUGGUUCCUCGCAAUCACAGUCGGAGGGGCGUAUGUGGUUUGUGUCAACCCGAAGAUGAAGCUCCCGUCUCUGGAGCUGGCAGAGUUUCAGGUGUUCCGUUCCUCGCACCCUUUUGAGCGCUACGACGCAGAGUACAAGAAGCUUUUCAUGUUCGAAAGGGUUCAUCACGGCGAGGACCUCCACAUGCCGAUCACCAUCAUCUGGGGCGUGACCCCUCUGGAUAACGGUGAUCCCCUCAAUCCCAAAAAUAAGGGAAAGUUGAUGGUGGAUAACAGCUUCAACAUUGCCAGUCCAGCAUCUCAGCUGUGGAUCCUCAACUUCUGCCAGAAGCUAAGAAACCAGAGCUUUGUCUUUCAGUCAGAGGAGCAGGACUUCACCAGCUGCUUUAUUGAGACAUUCAAGCAGUGGAUGGAGAACCAGGACUGUGAAGAGGCGUCCGUCUACCCCUGCUGCAGUCAGUCCACCUUCCCCUACAAGCAGGAUGUCUUUGAGUUGUGCAUCAAGAGAGCCAUCAUGGAGCUGGAUCGGAGCACUAACUACCAUCUGGACAGCAAGACCCCCGGGCCUCGAUUUGACAUCAACGACACCAUCAGGGCCAUAGUUUUAGAGUUCCAGAGUACCUACCUCUUCACACUGGCCUAUGAGAAGAUGCACCAGUUCUAUCGUGAGGUGGACACCUGGAUCACAGAGGAGCUGCGCAACGCCCCAGUAGGCCUCAGCCACGGCUGGUUCGUCAGCAACUUGGAGUUUUACGACCUCCAAGACAGUCUGUCAGAUGGCACGCUGGUUGCCAUGGCGCUGUCAGUAGCUGUGGCUUUCAGCGUCAUGCUCCUGACUACCUGGAAUGUGAUCAUCAGUCUAUACGCCAUUCUGUCCAUUGCCGGCACCAUCUUUGUCACCGUCGGCUCUCUGGUGCUUCUGGGCUGGGAGCUGAAUGUCUUGGAGUCCGUCACCAUUUCUGUUGCGGUGGGGCUGUCGGUGGACUUCGCCGUCCACUACGGAGUGGCAUACCGGCUCGCUCCAGAGCCCGACCGCGAGGGCAAGGUGAUUUUCUCCCUCAGCCGCAUGGGCUCUGCAAUCGCCAUGGCAGCACUGACCACCUUUGUUGCCGGGGCCAUGAUGAUGCCCUCGACCGUAUUAGCCUACACCCAGCUGGGCACUUUCAUGAUGCUGAUCAUGUGCAUUAGCUGGGCUUUUGCCACCUUUUUCUUUCAGUGCAUGUGCCGCUGCCUGGGACCUCAGGGCACCUGUGGCCAGAUCCCGCUGCCUAAAAAACUGCAGUGUCAGGCCUUCUCUGAGGUCACAUCCACAAGCCCCUCACCUCAAGGGAAGAGCUCUGGCCUGGGGAAGUACCAGCUGGACAGCAGGGGUGGGGAGGUGGAGCAUUAUGAGUUAGAGCCACUGGCAUCCAGCCAGAAAAAUGAAGAUAAACCUCGAGAGGAUGAUGAGGUUUGUGCUCAGCUUUACAAUGGAGUCCACCCUCACCACCACACUUCCUCUUACUCACACAUCCACUAUAAAAGCAAAUCUGAGACUGGCAGAGCUGGUCCUGAAAACGGGCUUGUAGCCACCCUCAGCACACCAUCCAGGUGUCAGUACUCUCAAAACACUAACUGCACAUGUGGGGACCCUCCUCCUCAGCUGCCGCAGCAGUGGACCCCCCACUCCUGUUCUCAGCCUCCCCAGGAUUCACCUUCCUGCCCCCCCACCCCUCAGCUCUUCCCCCUCUCAGGAAACAACCCGAGCAAACAAAAUGCAGGCCUGUUACCUACAAACCUUGACCCCGUCUACGCACACAUGGAGUGCCGUAUGCACUACGUCCAUUGCACCCCCACCCAUUUCCACCACUGCUCCCAGGGAAGAGUAAUGGCCCCCAGGCAAGGACCCGUCCAUAGCUGCCAUCUCAGGAAGUACUGUGUCCACACUGCAAGCCUGCAGGCAGGUUCAGCCAGAGAACAGAGAUGCACAGCCCCAACUCCAAACCAGGAUGCAGGCCCAGCUCCUGGUCCCGUCACUGGCUCUGUAUCUGCUGGACAGGAGGUUAAUCAAGUCCCAGAAAUAAGUCCUUCAAGCCCUGUCAGUAGCCAAAAUAUCAGCAACCCAGCCUUGACACAAUCUCACACUCAAUGCUCCUCCCCCUCCUCCUCCUCACUUGGCUCGCCACACAUAACCAGUCAUGAAAAACAGAAGGCGAGGGACAGUGACCAUUGUUGUGGUGAUAACCAUGUGUCCACCUCAACCACAGAAACAACAACGCAAACGAAUGCUUGUUGUAAAAUCCCUGGCAACCAGGAGAAGCUUGAAAGUAUUCCCGUCGCACGGGAGAAAAAUGUCAAAAAGUGCAAGCGGGACUCCAAAAGAGAGCGGGCGUCCUCCGCCUCUCCAAAGAAGCUCUACUGUUUUAACAGGACGUUGAAAGUGAAGUGCAAUUCAGCUUCAGAGUUUAACGUGCCAAAAACUGAAACCACCGUGCCUCCUAUUGCAAUAAACACUAAUCCCUCUUCUGAAAGCUUAUGUUGACAACAUAUUUUAGUUUUAAAAGAAACUCGGGCCUGAGCAAAUUGCAAAUGUCCAAAAAAAGGAAUGACAAUAUAACUUCUCUGUGCAAUCAAACAAGGUUUGGGAUGUGUUUGUUGACCAAGUGCCUCAGUGUGUUUCAUAAAACAGCACGCACCCACUAAAUAUGUUCUGUUUACAUGUUUUUUUUUUGUUUUAACCACUUCUUCACGUUCCAGAUUAAGUGUUUGAUCAGUAAAACACACUAUUGUUAGAGCUAUCAUCAUUGGGAUAUUCACAAAAAACACCCCCAAGUGUUGCUAACUAAAUAUUAAAUGUACUCAUACAGCAGCCAUUUGCACAGGCAGGAAAUCGUACAGUAUCUGUGAUGUGAUAUUGUGUGUAAUUAUCAAUAUGUGUCGUCAGAUAUGAUCACAUGAACCAUAACAAAAAUGUGCCACAUUUUACAAGCUGUUAAAAAUCGUUGCCUGACACUUUUUUGUAUUUGUGGGAGCUUGUGUUAAAUUCUCAGUGUGCUUUUCUGCUCAAGUCGCCACAUGCCUCAGAUAAAAGAUGUACUGUAUGAUUAAAAUGUCUUUUCUUUUCUUUUUUUAAAUCACUAUUGUCCUGCUGUCUGCUAAUGCCUGCUCUUCUCAUCUUGUGCAUUCACACACAUACUCCAACCAUAAAAUGAGACGUGGCUCCAGCCAA